UGGAGCCCCAAGAUCCAAACCGCUGUGUGUACACCCAGCUCUAGCUGUGGGUUUGGAGGCUGCUGGCACGUUCGUACUGGAUAACAAUGGAUGAUUGGGACAACAGCAAUAGGUUUGUUCAGAGACUAGAUUUUUCCAGCUGCGGAGAAGACAAUGAGUUGGAAGGAGACAACAGCAUGCGAGAGGAAGUUCUGGGAUAUGUGACCCCUCAGAAGAACUGGGAUUCUCAAAGCUGGAGAAUUAACUGUCCUGUCCCAGUUACCCCACAGAGACCACUAAAUGAGUUCUCACUGACUCGCCCAAAGUCAUGGCUGAGUCCUGUAAGGGAAUGCAAGGGAUCUCUGAGAAAGAAUGCUGUCCUUUCAGAAGACUGUCCUGGAACUCCAUUGCAUUACGUCACUUGGCAAAAGUUACAGCUCUGUGAUACGCCACAUACCCCAAAGAGUCUCCUCACCAAGACUGCUUUCCCUUCACCUGUGGGGAAGUUCCCCUCCAAAGGGAUGAGAAACUUGAGGUUCACUUGUUGCGCUGAGCUGCAGGAGCCUGCCCCAGCCCCUGUGGUAAACAUUAACCCAUUUACACCAGAAUCAUAUCGGCAAAUGGUUUUCCAUCCCAACAGCAAGAGAAAAGCGAGAGGCGAGCUGGAGGAUCCCAGCCAGACAGGGAGCCAAGUGGAGCAGGGGGCGCCGGCCAAGAGGUUUCUCUUGCGUGACAACAACAUGGUUUCCCGCUACAAGAAGGAGUUCCUGGAGUUGGAAAGAAUCGGCGUGGGAGAGUUUGGCUCUGUGUACAAGUGCAUCAAGAGGUUGGAUGGAUGCGUCUAUGCAAUCAAGCGCUCAAAGAGACCUCUUGCCGGAUCCUCAGACGAGCAAAUGGCUUUGCGGGAAGUCUAUGCCCAUGCGGUGCUUGGUCAUCAUCCCCACGUGGUGCGCUACUAUUCUGCCUGGGCAGAAGAUGAUCACAUGAUCAUUCAGAAUGAACACUGCAAUGGUGGGAGCCUUCAGGACGUGCUUUUGGAAAAGGCAAAGACUGCAGACUACCUCAAAGAACCAGAGUUGAAGGAGAUCCUGCUGCAGGUUUCCACGGGGCUGAAAUAUAUUCAUGCCUCAGGCCUGGUUCACUUGGACAUCAAACCCAGCAAUAUUUUUAUUUGUCACAAGCUGGUUGGACCUGCUGGUGAGGAAGAGAGUGACAGUGAAGAUGAUGAAUUUGCCUCUUCUAACGUGGUGUAUAAAAUUGGGGACCUAGGACAUGUGACAUCGGUGACCAAUCCUCAGGUGGAAGAGGGGGAUAGCCGCUUCUUGGCCAACGAAGUCUUGCAAGAGCAAUACUGCCAUCUGCCUAAGGCGGAUAUAUUUGCCCUGGCAUUGACAAUUGCUCUAGCAGCAGGCUGUGAUCCACUGCCACUCAAUGAUACCCUGUGGCACCACAUCCGGAAAGGCAUCUUGCCACUUAUCCCACAACAGCUUUCCCGUGGCUUUACUGAGCUGCUCAAGCUUAUGAUUCAUCCCGAUCCAGUCAUCAGGCCCUCAGCGACUGCAUUAACCAAACACCCUGUCCUACGGCCUUCUCUUGACAAAGCUGCCCAACUUCAGAAGCAGCUGAAUGUGGAGAAGUCCAAAACAGCCAUGCUAGAAAGGGAGCUGAAAGCCAUCCGCCUUGCUCAGACCUUCAAAAAGGAUCUGUCUUUGGAGCGUGACAGGGCUGGAACCUCUGGAGCCAGUUCGAAACACCAGAGCAGCAAGAAACGACUGGUGGGAGGGAAAAACGCCCGGUCAUUCAGCUAUACUUGUGGGGGCUACUGAAGAACAAACUGUUCAGUGUUAUUUUCUCCCCCCCCCCCCAAGCUGCUGAAGCAUAUUCCUAUGAAAGGAUCAUAUGAUACAGUGAAUUGUAACCACAGCCAUGACAGGCAAGCUUCAUUACUGAUCUAAUUAGUAAGACACUAUCAACUGUCCAUUAUGUUUCAUCAGCCUGGUCUCCUGGAAAUGUCUUCUAGGUAACCAGAAGGUAUCUGCUGCCCUGGGUUCUGAAAAAGAGGUCAUUUUCUUUCUCUAGCUUUCUGCGUAGCCUGUUUUAAGGAGCUGUGCAUUUAAUACUCCACCUUGGGAAUUACCAGUUAUGGAUAAAGGGAAUAUGUAUUGGUCUGUAGGUGGCUUGUCUUUCUUGAAGUUGAGAAAGAGAAGAUACGAGGGAGACAAUGAGGCUAGGCUACUGAGCUAGUCUUUAAGAUGUACUCAAAGAGCCAAAUAGAAUAAACUAGACCAUAAUGUACUUAAAAUGGAAAUUCCAAUGAACGAGAUCUACCUGAAGCAAGUGAAGUAGUUCGAUGAUGAGGAAAGCGUAGCCUCUUUUGGAAAAAGUUGUAUCCAUUUGUAAUUUUUCUUCCUCUUUCAUAUUAAUGCUAAUGUUGGGGAAAUAGUAGGGAACCUUGGGGUUGAAGAUCUGUUUUAUUCCUGAUGCAGUAGUGAAUGAAAUACUAAUAGGGCUUGUCUACUUGCCUGAGUAUUAAUGAGGUAUUAAUAGAUCCAGUCCACUUGCCUGGGUCUUGCCAUCUGUGAGUACAUAUGUAUUAGUGUGUGAACAUCAUGGAGGGACACAAAUUCUUUUAGACCUUCUCAAUUUCCUGAGGAUUACAUUAUGUAACUGUUCAUAAUAAAAUAAAGUAAACAUGAAGCCCUGCAGAAUAACUUCUGUAUUGUGGCAUAAACAUCCCUGACUGCUCCGUGAACUAACCUUGUCUGUCAAGAUUUUAUUUUCUGAGUAGUGUCUUUAGAAUGUUUUAAGCCUCCAGAAAUAUGUAAGCGCCCCUUGAACAUUACUGAACAUGGUUUUAUUUCCAGCUGCUGGACAGCAUAAGGUUUUUAGUCAUUGGGGCUAUUUUCCCUUUUUAAAAAGGAAGUUACA